AUGGCUAUGCAAAAAAAAGUAGAGAUCACACAUAGAGAAACAAUCAAACCAUCUUGUCCAACUCCGAUUCAUCUCAGAAUCCUUAACCUCUCCCUUGUUGAACAAUUCUCUCCAUUUCUUUAUAUACCUUUAAUUCUCUUCUACCAUGCCAAUGCUUCUGAAAAAGCUGCGAACCUAAAGAAAUCAUUUUCCGAAACCUUAAGCCGGUUUUACCCUCUUGCAGGCCGAAUCAAAGGCAACGCCUAUGUAGCGUGUGAGGAUCAAGGAGCUGAGUUUAUCGAGGCUCGAAUCAACUGUCCGCUUUCGGACAUUCUGAAGAAUCCUGACGAGUUAGAUCUCUUAAGCCAGUUCCUGCCUGGUUCUAUAUUUUCUGAUGAAGCAGAGAGAGACAGUUUGUUACUUGUCCAAGCUACUUUGUUUGAUUGCGGUGGCUUGGCAGUUGGGAUUAACAUGUCACACAAGAUAACCGACGUGUCGACGCUGAGUAGUUUCCUCAAGUGCUGGUCUGCUGUAACGUCCAAUAGCUUAGCCAAUAUGGUCAGCCCUGUGUUCAAUGGUGCUUCUCUUUUCCCACCAACGCCAAUCUCAAUCCCAAGCAUCCUACAAAUUCAACCAAUGCAGCCCAAUUGUACCACCAGAAGAAUUCUCUUUACUCCGUUGAAGAUCGCUGCUUUAAAGGCUAAAGCCGCCAGUGCAGCCGUGCCAGACCCGACCAAGGUAGAAGCCAUUUCAGGGCUUCUAUGGACAGCCGCUGCGGCUUCGAUGCGAUCAAAAUUCGGCUUCUUUAGGGCAUCAAAUUGUUCUCUUGCUGUGAAUAUGCGUAAAAGGUUCCUACCGCCUUUACCAGACAAUUCCGCAGGCCAGUUUUCUUGGGCCAUGACUGUCAAUAUGGAGAAUGGAGAGUCUGAGCUAGAACUAUUGCAAGAGGCUGUGAGUAGAAUAAGAAAAGAGAAGGAUAUUUUUGGAGAAAACUAUUUGAAAAAGUUUCAAGGAGAGGGAGCCUUGGCAAAUAUUGUUGAGAAACUUGAGGACUACGGGAACCUAGCGAUUACUCCUGGCAUAGAGCUGUAUGUUUGCAGCAGCUGGUGUAAAUUUGAAGUAUAUGAUAGUGAUUUGGGAUGGGGGAGACCAGUAUGGGUUUGCAUGGCUAAUUUCCCAUUGAGAAAUAGUGCUGUUCUAAUGGAUAGAAGAGACGGUGAGGGAAUGGAAGCGUGGUUUACUCUGGAUGAAGAUCACAUGGCGUUGUUUGAAACCAAUGAAGAGCUUCUUCAAUUUGCGCAAGUCAACCCUAGUGUUUCUUUUUAA